UGUUAAAAGGCAGACCAGACAGGUGAAAGAUCUUUAGUCUGUGUAUUGAAAAAUAGAUUUCCAACGAGUGCAGUGAAACAUUCGGUCUCUUUUCUGAAUUUGUUUGGUUGUUAUGAUGGUAAACAGGCAUUAUUUUGUGAUUUGGCUGUUUUUUUGUUCUAGCCUGGUUGAUUCUUCCUCUGAUGAAUGCCAGCAGGAGCGAGAUAAGCUGCAGGCACAGUUAAGGAAUAUGGAGGCUCGUGCUGUUAAGCAGCAGGAGAUGAUCCAGCACUUGCUUAACCUCAAUCAGCAGCCUCCACUUCCUCUAAAUGAAAGUUCCUUUUCUGAUUUAGAGGAUAAACAAUAUAAAGACUGCGCUCAGAUUUUUAGUAAUGAUUACAAGAAGAGUGGAUAUUAUAUCAUUAAACCUGAAAUGAGCCCAUCUCAGAUCAGAGUGUACUGUGACAUGAAAGAUGGAGGCGGAUGGACAGUCUUUCAAAGACGCUCUAAUGGAAAUGAAUCCUUUGACAGGGAUUGGAAUGAUUAUAAAACUGGUUUUGGUGAUAUGAAAUCUACAAAUGGAGAGUUCUGGUUAGGCAAUGACAACCUGCAUUAUUUAACUUCCCAAGAUAAUUACAGCUUGAGAAUUGACUUAGAAGACUUUGACGGCAGUCAUCGUUUUGCUGUGUACAAAAAGUUUCAAAUUGACAAUGAACAGAAUCUUUACCAGCUGCUGUUUGGUGGAUACACGGGUAAUGCAGGAGAUUCACUCUUGGGCAGCUACAACCCUGAGGUGCAGAGAUGGGCAAGUCACCAGGGCAUGAAUUUCAGCACAAAGGAUAAGGACAAUGAUCGAUAUGAGCGUAACUGUGCUCUGGAAGAUAUGUCUGGCUGGUGGUUUAACAGAUGUCACUCUUCCAAUCUGAAUGGACUGUACUAUAAGGGGCCUUACAGUGCAGUGACAGACAACGGGAUUGUGUGGUACACCUGGCAUGGCUGGUGGUACUCUCUCAAAACAGUGGAAAUGAAGAUCAGACCAAGUGCCUUUGAACCUAAAGAUGUCUAACAUAUAUUAUUUAAGCAUUGUCCAGUUAUUUUUAGAAAUAAUAUAGACGCUGUAUGCAUAUUUAUACAAUUUAACAUACAGUUCAUAGUAAUAUAAACCUGGUAGAAAAAUGGUUAAAAUUAGCAAGACAGAUUUUAAGAUUUUAAUUAAACUUUUGGUUUGACAAUUAACAAAUGUACUUCUGCUGCAGAGAAUGAAUGUACAUAGUCUUGUUUAAAACAAAUUAUAGUAGUGAAUAAAAUGCUUGAUAUACAUUUCAAACUAACACAUGUCUGGGUGUGCAAAAUAUUUUUCUAAAUAUAUUCUGGGAAACUAAUAUAAGAUUAGUCAUUGUGUGUCCACACAUCUGCCACACCUUCUGCAGACCAUUA